UUCUUUCUAUGCAUCCUUAAAUUUAAUGCAAUUAAGAUUCCAUCAAACCACCCCCACCUUCCUUCUCUCUCUCCCCCGUCUUCUCUGCCUCGUCUACAAAGAGAGAUCUUGGUGAAUUCACCAUUUAUUAAUGCAACCAAGGUCUUCCAGCUGGAUGUUCAAGCCUUCGAGAGCCAAAGAUACCAUGUCUUGAAUGCACUUUUGUGCAUUCCUCACUUCAAGAUUUGUCUUUGCUCUUCUGAGUCUCCAGGCUUGUGUGUUUCCUUCCCUAAAGCGCAUUGAGGAAGCCUCUCGAGUGCAGAGGUUUGAAGGUCUAUGAGGUACCUUUUAGGAGUCUUAGUUGUGUUGUUUUUGGAGCUGCAGGGGUUUUGAGUAUAUCUUAAUGGAUGUUGGCUUUCCAAGGGAGGAAAGUAAGUACAAAUGAGGCUGGCCCCUACUUCUUCUCAGAUGGAUAGCUUUUAUGGAUAAAGAAGGAAGGAAAUCACAUGUACAGCUUUAAUGGUGCAAGAUGGCCGUCAGCGAGAUGAAGAAAAGCAAUGGAGAGUAAUAUCUUCUUGAAUAGACUGCCUGCCUGAAUUAAAGAUAGCUUGCGUCAGGGAGAAAGAGUUCAGGGGAAAGGGGGAAAAAAAGUAACAGGGAAAGAGAGAGAGAGAGAGAAGGGAAGAGAAGAUGCCGACGGUUUGGUUUACUCUGAAGAAAUCUCUCCAGUGCAAAUCUGAGCCAUCUGAUGUCCAUGAUCCAAAGGCCAGGGUGCCGUUGGCCAUUUUGACAAGGAGACCAGGGAGGUCUGGUUGCUCUAGAUCUAUUGCCAACCUCAAAGAUGUCAUCCAUGGGAGCAAAAGGCACCUCGAGAAGCCACCAAGUUGCAGCCCAAGGUCCAUUGGGAGCAGUGAGUUCCUGAAUCCAAUCACACAUGAGGUCAUCCUCAGCAACUCCAGGUGUGAGCUCAGGAUAACUGGUUUUGGGGGCUGCCAUGAGGGGGAGGCUGGGGUUGGCUCAACCUAUGUGGGUACUCUUAGGCCCGGUACCCCAGGGCCAGGGGGCCACUUCGGUCUCCAACACAACCCCUCCGUCAGAGGAGCCAGCACCACCCCUCCAAGGAGGUCACCUAGCUUGCUUGGCGACAAGGAGGGCUAUGGCUUUGGGGGUUCAUCUCUCUCUAGUGCUGUGUUUGCGAAUGGUGGUGGUGGAGUUCAUCGUGUUUCCUUCACUCCAAGGGCCUCUCAUGAGGCCAGGUCACAUGGAUCCUCUGCUAACAUUACAUGCCACAAAUGUGGAGAGCAGUUUGGGAAGUUGGAAGCCUUGGAAGCUCACCAUCUCUCCAAGCAUGCAGUCACUGAACUUGUGGAAGGAGACUCCUCCAGAAAGAUAGUCGAAAUUAUAUGUAGAACAAGCUUGGUAAAGUCUGAGAGCAGUUGUUGGCGGAUAGAGAGAGUCCUCAAAGUCCAUAACAUGCAAAAAACUCUUGCCCGCUUUGAAGAAUACAGGGAAAUGGUGAAGCUUAGAGCCAGCAAACUCCCAAAGAAGCAUCCCCGUUGCCUGGCCGACGGCAAUGAACUGCUAAGAUUCUAUGGAACCACAAUUGCCUGUUCUCUUGGCAUGAAUGGCACUUCAAGCCUAUGUUCAUCAGAGAAGUGCAACGUUUGCCAGAUUAUAAGAUACGGGUUCCCCACAAAGAAGGAACUGAAAGGAGGUAUUGGUAUUGGAGUGUUUACAACGUCCACUAGUGGGAGAGCAUUUGAAUCUAUUGAAAUAUAUGAGGACGAUCCAAACGUAAAGAAGGCACUGCUGGUUUGUAGGGUGAUUGCAGGCAGGGUUCAUAAGCCAUUGGAUAACUUCCAAGAGUUAGCAGGAGAGUCUGGUUUCGACUCAUUGGCUGGGAAGGUGGGCCUGUAUGCCAGCUUUGAGGAGCUCUAUUUGCUUAGUCCGCGAGCUCUUCUUCCAUGCUUUGUGGUAAUCUGUAAAUCCUGAGGAAAUUUACCAUUUUUAUGUUACAUCUUGAGUUAAAUCUGAAAUGCUUUGAACUCUCACUCAUGCACAGGCGCUACUGAGUUUAUUGAUUACCAUUGAUAAGGAUUCAGGUCUCAUUAUGCU